CGAGGGCGGCGAGCGGGGACCAGGGGCGGGGGGUGCGGACAGUGGCCGGGGUCGCCGGGGACAGCCAACGCGGGGCCAGCGCGGAGCCCGAAAGUGCGAGCGCCUCCCGCGGGGACCACCCCCCUGCCGCGUCCCCACCCGGGUCCCGCAGCUCUCGGCUUUGCUCCGGGCCGAGGGACUGCGGACCGUCAGGUGGCGCGGGGUCCCCGCCGGAGGCCCCAGGAUCCCGAGCCAGAGGCCUCGUGGGCGGGGCCAGGGGCUCCGGAGUGGAUUUUGGCUGGAGCGGGGCGGCCGGAGGCCUCCGGGGGCGGCUCUGCGCCCUGGCGCCGGGCUCUGGAGGAUGCUGCGCACCUGAAUUAUCUGGGCGCCUCUGACGUCCUCCCAGAAGCAAUUAGAACUCCAGGGCGUGAAUGCCACAGGCCACCCGCUCUGAUUGCUGGUCUAUGCCACCUGCAUCCCCAGCCCCACCGAAGAAGAUGCUGGGUCAGGCUAGGUUCUCCAGCCCCGGGAUGGCCCCAAACACCUGUUGCUGCUCCCCCGCGGCCCUGCAGAGGAAGCUGCCCAUCCUGGCAUGGCUGCCCAACUACUCCCUGCAGUGGCUGAAGAUGGAUUUCAUCGCUGGACUCUCCGUGGGCCUCACUGUCAUUCCCCAGGCACUGGCCUAUGCUGAAGUGGCUGGACUCCCGCCCCAGUAUGGCCUGUACUCUGCCUUCACGGGCUGCUUCGUGUAUUUCUUCCUGGGCACCUCCCGGGACGUGACUCUGGGCCCCACUGCCAUCAUGUCCCUCCUGGUCUCCUUCUACACCUUCCACGAGCCCGCCUAUGCUGUGCUGCUGGCUUUCCUGUCUGGCUGCAUCCAGCUGGUCAUGGGGGUCCUACGUUUGGGGUUCCUGCUGGACUUCAUUUCCUGCCCUGUCAUUAAAGGCUUCACCUCUGCUGCCACCGUCACCAUCGGCUUUGGACAGAUCAAGAACCUGCUGGGACUGCAGAACAUCCCCAGGCAGUUCUUCCUGCAAGUGUACCACACCUUCCUCAGGAUCGAGGAGACCAGGGUGGGCGACGCCAUCCUGGGGCUGGUCUGCAUGGUGCUGCUGCUGGUGCUAAAGCUGAUGCGGGACCACAUGCCUCCUGUCCACCCUGAGAUGCCCUCUGGUGUGCGGCUCAGCCACAGUUUGGUCUGGGCUGCCACAACAGCUCGCAACGCCCUGGUGGUCUCCUUCUCGGCCCUGGUUGCAUACUCUUUCGAGGUGACUGGAUACCAGCCUUUCAUCCUCACUGGGGAGACAGCUGAGGGGCUCCCUUCAGUCUGGAUUCCGCCCUUCUCAAUGACCACAGCGAACAGGACUAUCUCCUUCGCCGAGAUGGUGCAGGACAUGGGGGCUGGGCUGGCUGUGGUGCCCCUGAUGGGCCUCCUGGAAAGCAUUGCAGUGGCCAAAGCCUUUGCAUCUCAGAAUAAUUACCGCAUCGAUGCCAACCAGGAGCUGCUGGCCAUGGGCCUCACCAAUGUGCUGGGCUCCCUUGUCUCCUCCUACCCGGUCACAGGCAGCUUUGGACGGACAGCCGUGAACGCUCAGUCAGGGGUGUGCACCCCGGCAGGGGGGCUGGUGACGGGAGUGCUGGUGCUGCUGUCUCUGGACUACCUGACCUCACUCUUCUACUAUAUUCCCAAGUCUGCCCUGGCCGCUGUUAUCAUCAUGGCUGUGGCCCCGCUGUUCGACACCAAGAUCUUUGGGACGCUCUGGCGCGUUAAGAGGCUAGACCUGCUGCCCCUGUGUGUGACGUUCCUGCUGAGCUUCUGGGAGAUGCAGUACGGUAUCCUGGCCGGGGCCCUGGUUUCCCUGCUCAUGCUCCUGCACUCCGCAGCCAGACCCAAGACCAAGGUGUCAGAGGGGCCGGUUCUGGUUCUGCAGCCGGCCAGUGGCCUGCACUUCCCUGCGGUGGAGGCUCUGCGGGAGGAGAUCCUAAGCCAGGCCCUGGAAGUGUCCCCGCCACGCUGCCUGGUCCUGGAGUGCACCCAUGUCUGCAGCAUCGACUACACCGUGGUGCUGGGGCUUGGUGAGCUCCUCGAGGACUUUCACAAACAGGGCGUCGCCCUAGCCUUCGUGGGUCUGCAGGUCCCCAUUCUCCGUGUCCUGCUGUCUGCUGACCUGAAGGGGUUCCAGUACUUCUCCACCCUGGAAGAAGCAGAGAAAUACCUGAGGCAGGAGCCGGGGACCCAGCCCUAUAACAGCAGAGAAGACUCUGCUCCAGAACACAAGAUCACCCUGCUGCAGGCGUAGUGGGGCCACCGUGGGACCCCACAGUUUGCAGGAUGUUCCGGAAGGUUCUUGUCACUGUGAUCGGAUGCUGGAUGCCACCUGAUAGACAUGCUGGCCUGGCUGAGAAACUGCUGAGCAGGUGACUCCGGGGAGGAGAAGAAAGCUGGGCCUGGAGAUCCAUGGGGGGACUUACCGGCUUCCUGUGGGUUGACUGAAAAAUGACCUCACUGCUGUUCCCUGGCAUGACCCUCUUUGCAAGAGUGGUUUGGAGAGUCUUCUAGAAUGACUGACAGAGUGAGGAAGUAGGGGGCCAGGGGUUUCCGGCCUGGGCUGGGAGAGGUGUCAGGGCGGGCCAGGCAGGAAUCUGGGAGGCGGGAGGGACAGGACAGCACAGAUGCUCCUCAUGGCGACGGCAUCUGUUCUCUCUGAGAGAAAACCAAGGUGUGCCCAAGGAUGUAAAGUAAAUAACUCAGUGUUUUCUAAAUGGGAAAAGUGAUGACUUUGGUGAUUUUGUAAAAAUCGUAAAUGCUUAUUGUAAAAAAUGCGGGAAAUCUCCGCACGCCCUCCCCCACCCUGUCCACUUGCGGGGUCACUCCAGACCCCCUCCCAACACAUGCCUCUGUGCCUCCAUCAGCAUGUGGGUGUGUGCUCGUGGCUUUACAUCCAUGGGAUCAUUUCAUACUUGGUGCUCUGGAACCCACAGUUUUCAUGCAGUCAUUUGCAGUGAAUUAUUUAUUGUGAUAAUAAAUCGCAUUCAAAUAC